AUGUGUUGCACUUCCCCCUAUACCAUUACUCUCUUCUUUCUUCCUAUUCUCUCCAAUCAACCUCUCGAUAUACACUUAGCUAACACCUCUCCCAGCCCCUCCGCCUCGAAAAAGCGCAAGACAACCGCAACCACCGCCGCACCCGCCGACGAUGACGAAGAAAACGACGACGAAGAAGAAGAAAUCGGCGAAGAUGACGAAGAAGUCGACCCCGCCGACCUCGACGACGAAGACGAAGCCGCCGACCCCGAAGACGAGGACGCUGGCGAAGAUGCCGAUGACACUGCUGACAAGUCUGGUCCCGCUGCUGCUGCCAAGAAGGCCAAGGAAAGAACUGUUCCUGGCGGCAAGGACAAGGCUGAGGUGGGUGAUAUUGAGAAUGCUGCGGAGAAGAAUGGUGGUCUGUGA